GGCCUUAGCUUUAAAUUUCAUUAUUAUUAAGAUCCAGUACAAUUGCUAUUAUUAAACUGGAAUUAUCGUGAUAUAACUCAAGACAGCUGUCAAAUUCAUUAGUUGCUGCUCCUUCACCAAUAUUUGUGUCUUUUACAUGAAGUGUAACAAUGAUCGAUGGUCUUCUCAUUGUUUGUGAUGUCAAUAUUGCAGAUGGCGAGAGUUAAGCAGGAGAAUGAUAGCAGCCAAGAACCAGCGCCAGAGUGCAGCACUGCAUGCUCUCUAACUGAUGAUGAUUUCAGCCAACAACAUUAUCUAAUCCCUGGCUAUAAUCUAAUAUUCAUCAAAGAGGAAGAAUAUGUUGAGCAAGAGGCAGAAGGAUGUUCAGUGGAGAGUGAACCGGAGAUGUGGCCUUCAAACUGCAGCACAUCUGAAACUGCCAAUGCAACAGAAGUGGGUGGACUGAAUGCACAUUCAAUCUCUCCCAUGGAAGAGUGCACUGAGCCAUCUGUGGCUGGCAAAAAGAUCAAGCUCUACAGCUGUGCUGACUGCAGCUAUAAAACUCCAUCGAUCACUCAUUGGAAGAGACACAUGACGAAACACACUGGGGAAAAGACUUUCAGUUGUGAGUAUUGUGACUAUAAAUGUGCUCAAUCUGGUAAUUUGAAGAGACAUAUCAGAACACAUACAGGAGAAAGACCUUUCAGCUGCGAGUAUUGUGACUAUAAAUGUACUCAAUCUAGUACUUUGAAGGAACAUAUCAGAACACAUACAGGAGAAACACCUUUCAGCUGCGAGUAUUGUGACUAUAAAUGUACUCAAUCUAGUACUUUGAAGGAACAUAUCAGAACACAUACAGGAGAAAGACCUUUCAGCUGCGAGUAUUGUGACUAUAAAUGUGCUCAAUCAAGUAAUUUGAAGAGACAUAUCAGAACACAUACAGGAGAAACACCUUUCAGCUGCGAGUAUUGUGACUAUAAAUGUGCUCGAUCAAGUAAUUUGAAGGAACAUAUCAGAACACAUACAGGAGAAACACCUUUCAGCUGCGAGUAUUGUGACUAUAAAUGUGCUCGAUCAAGUAAUUUGAAAAGACAUAUAAGAACACAUCAUAAAGGAGAAACAACUACUAGCUGAAAAUUUGUGACUUUACAUGUGCUCAUUCAAAUUCAUUUUACUGUGUUUCCUAGUAAGGUGGUCACUAAUAACAGGACAAGUGUAUUGAACAUGUGUGUACACACAAAUGUCGUCCAUAUUGUCGUGUCAUCACAGCUAAAGGCUUCAAACAACAUUUUUUGAGGUUCUGAGUAAGUAUCGGCUCACACCUCCCCACUCCUCUAUUUAAAUUGCCAGGGUUGCCCUGGACUGGCGUCUGUGGAGGGGCGGAGUGGGGGAUGCUGCUCACAGUGUGGUGUGUGCCGGCGGGUGGUUGGGGACGGCUGGGCUCCUCGCGGUGUUGGGUGUCCUCCACAUACACCACGGUUGUCAUCUCACAACACUGAAAUUCUCUCCUUUCUGAGAGGUGAUAGGCCAUGCUUUGGCACUACCUGGAGGGAGGGGAGUCGCUAGGAGUGGUGGGAGAGUAGUGGCAGUCAUCACCGUCGUUGUAGUGCAUGGCAACAGGUCAAAACUUGUCAGAAAUGGUCUCCUAGUGUCUUCCAGACGAGCCUUUGUCACUGACUCCGGUCUGCCUCCAGAUCAAGUGGUGUUCGGUUCGUCCUCUUAGUGACCCCUACCGGUCACCAAAGGUCACCUGACCUGUUUUUUUUUUAGAUAAAUGAAAACUUAAACUCAAAUAGUGCAGCAAAGAAAAAUAAGCAAUAUAAAUUUGGAGAUGCAAAAACCUAACCUCAACAAAUUUUGCUGGAAGCCUUUUGCUGUGAUGACACAACAAUCUAUGACAAUAUGUGUAUCAUGCAUGUCUCACCGUUAGUGGCCAGCCUUAUGAAAUCAACCUCGCACUUUCCAUUACCUACUCACAAGCAUUACCUGCUCACAUGGUCAUCAUCCACAAUAAAAUUAUCAAGUCAUUUGAUAAAAUA